CUGAAUGACCGUUCUACCAUGUCCCGAAAGAAAACGGGCGAGCUUCUCGCUAAUUGAUGGAAGGGCUCAAAAUCACGGUAUAUCUGGUUGUAGUCGUCGAUGAGACAUUGCCUUUCCUUCGCGAAGCGGAACCAUCUUUCGUAGUGUGGGGGAGGGGGCCUGUCGUUACGUAGCGCGUAUUGAGCAACAGCUUGGGAUAAAGUGGCCGACUGUCUGUCAAACAAAUCGUCCACGGCUGUCCCAGCUUUGCGGGAGCGCUGGAGCAGGUCUCGGAAUGCGUUCAGUAAAGUGAAGUGACAACGAGUGUCUCGCACGCACUGAAGCGAUGGGAGACGAGAAGCAAAAGCGCUGCGAUAGACCCUAAACAGCCCACCCACAAUGCUCGCCAUUUUAAAGACUUGUGGCGUAGAAAGAAGCCGGUUUGACCAUGCCCAGCCCGGGAGUGCAUAGUUCCUUGCAAAUGCAGGACUGAUGACUACCGCAAAGGCUCUGGAGUCGAGAGGACUUGCGGGAAUACCCGCCAGGGCGAGAUCAUUAAUGAUUGAAUUCAAAUCAGUAUCUGAGUAGAUGUGGCGGUGUCGUGAUCAGCUCAUCUUCCUCAUAAUUUAGCACCGCUUGAAAUCUACGGUGUUUGACACCAUGACCCGCGUCACGAACAUCGGGAUCAAGCGCACCCAUUUACAAGCCGGUUUCUCGGAGAAUCCAGACGUCGCAGAGCAAGCUCCUCCGCCGCAGGUGGAUCAGGAGGCGGUCGACGCUCCUCCGAAAAAGAAACGCCGGGUGCGCACGAAACCAUCUAAACGCAACGGGAAUGCUGCACCAUCCAACGACGAUGCAUCUCCGGUCACCCCCGUCUCAGCCCCACCUCCCAAUGGCGAAAAGAAGGAAAAUCCCAAGAAGAAAAAAAAGCCGUUCAUGAGCCUCUCCGAGCGGAGGCGAAUAAAGCGGAUCGAAGAGAAGAAUGCGGCAACCACCUGCUUUGCAUGCAGAGAAAAGGGCCAUAGCGCGAAGGAUUGUCCUUCAUCUGAAAAACAAAGUGUGGGCAUAUGUUAUCGGUGCGGCUCGUCCAAGCAUACUUUGGCGCGGUGCAAGAAACCCCAUAGUGCCUCUGACCCGCUUCCGUUCGCGUCGUGUUUCGUCUGCUCAGGAAAAGGGCAUCUUGCGUCCGGAUGUCCGCAGAAUAAAGCCAGAGGGGUCUACCCCAACGGGGGAAGUUGUAAGUUGUGCGGGGACACUUCACACCUUGCGAAAGACUGCGGAAUACGGAAACAAGAUGCGAGGCAGGAUGCGACAGUCUGGGGCACAGGCGACAAUGCGGGUGCAGACGAAGAUGAUUUCCACAGUCUCAAAAGAGUGAAGAAUGAAGUAGACAAAGACGAAAAGCAAGAAGACCGCGCGAAGCGACAGAUCGACGUAAAACGCGGUGCUCUGACCGGUACUCUGAGGUCUUUUGCUGAACCCCCAAAGACGAAGAAAGUCGUCUACUUCUGA